AGUUGAUCUCAUCGACAUACCAAACAAUCAAUAUGCCUGCCAAGACAAGCGGAAAGGGAGCCAAGAAGGCCGGCCAGGCUAAGACCAGCCGUGCAGCUGGAGAUAAGAAGAGGAAGAGGAAGCGAAAGGAGAGCUACGGAAUCUACAUCUACAAGGUUCUGAAGCAGGUCCACCCCGACACUGGUAUCUCCAGCAAGGCCAUGUCCAUCAUGAACAGCUUCGUCAACGAUGUCUUUGAGCGCAUCGCCAAUGAAUCUUCCCGUCUUGCCAAAUACAACAAGAAGUCCACCAUCAGCAGCCGAGAGAUCCAGACCGCUGUCCGUCUCCUCCUCCCCGGAGAGUUGGCCAAGCAUGCCGUCUCUGAGGGCACCAAGGCUGUCACCAAGUACACCACCUCCAAGUAAAUUGGUUCCCACCACAUUUACUAAACGGCUCUUUUUAGAGCCACCACAUUUCCAAGAAAGAAACCAAUGAUAUAAUUCAAGCAGUUACC